AGCGGCGGAGCACGGUGGAAGGUGGUGCUCAUGUCUUCCGGACAGCAGCGUCCCACCUUCUCGUCUCGAUCCGAACCAUGGUGUGACCGUCCUCCAGUGGUCACGCGCUCAGCGAAGCCCUGAAUCGGGAGCGUUUGGCUUGAACUUUGUGCUCCACCCAUCCCGCGGACAGACGUUUAUCAAGCGCGGCCUCAGUGAAACUUCUGCUCCGGCGGCAGUGAGAGCAGAGCAGAGCAGAGCGAGGAGGCGCUGACAACCCCGUCACUCACGAGCGAAGCUAACGAGCUCUGCGAGAGCCGGGACACCGAGAAGAGACGAGGGCGGCUCAUUCCUCCACAUGGCUCUGUGCAACGGAGAGGGCAAGCUGGAGAUCAGCACCCAACAGAACGGCUCCUGCGAAGGGGCUGUGGCGAUCCUGGAUGCUGGGGCCCAGUAUGGCAAGGUGAUUGACAGACGGGUCAGAGAACUGUGUGUUCGCUCGGAGAUUCUGCCCUUGGAGACGCCAGCUUUUGCUCUCAGAGAACAAGGUUACAGGGCUAUCAUCAUCUCCGGGGGUCCUGCCUCAGUGUAUGCUGAAGAUGCUCCGUGGUUUGACCCGGCGAUAUUUACCAUCGGCAAACCCGUCCUGGGAAUUUGCUACGGCAUGCAGAUGAUGAAUAAGGUCUUUGGUGGGACAGUGCACAAAAAGUCUGUUCGGGAGGAUGGAGUGUUUAGCAUUGGCCUGGACAACACAUGCUCCCUCUACAGGGGCCUCCAGAGAGAGGAGCUGGUCCUUCUGACUCAUGGGGACAGUGUGGAUAAAGUGGCAGAUGGUUUUAAAGUGGUUGCCCAGUCAGGAAACAUCAUUGCCGGAAUUGCCAAUGAACAGAAAAAGCUCUACGGGACUCAGUUCCACCCCGAGGUUGAUCUCACGGAGCGAGGGAUGGAGAUGCUGCGUAACUUCCUCUUUGAAAUUGCUGGUUGCACCAGCAAUUUCACGGUGCAGAACCGGCAGCAGGCCUGCAUCGAUGACAUCAGAGAAAAAGUCGGCAAGUCCAAAGUGCUGGUCCUGCUGAGUGGCGGCGUGGAUUCCACUGUUUGCACAGCACUUCUCAACAAAGCUCUCAACCAGGAGCAGGUCAUAGCAGUUCACAUCGACAACGGCUUCAUGAGGAAGAAGGAGAGCCAGAGUGUAGAAGAGGCCCUCACCAAGCUGGGCAUCAAACUCAAGGUGGUGAAUGCAGCACACACGUUCUACAACGGAACCACGACGCUCCCCAUCUCUGAGGAGGACCAGACCCCUCGGAAGCGCAUCAGCAAAACCCUCAACAUGACCACCAACCCCGAGGAGAAACGCAAGAUCAUUGGAGACACGUUUGUGAACGUGGCUAAUGAAGUGAUUGGAGAGAUGAAUCUCAAGCCAGAGGAGGUUUUCUUGGCUCAGGGAACCUUGAGGCCGGAUCUCAUUGAGAGUGCCUCUCACAUCGCCAGCGGCAAAGCUGAGGUCAUCAAAACACACCACAACGACACAGAGCUCAUCCGGAAGCUGAGAGACGAGGGAAAAGUCAUCGAGCCGCUGAAGGAUUUCCACAAGGAUGAAGUGCGGGCGCUGGGCAGAGAGCUGGGGCUGCCAGAGGAGAUCGUGUCUCGACAUCCCUUCCCCGGUCCCGGUCUGUCCAUCAGAGUGAUUUGUGCCGACGAGCCGUACAUCUGCAAAGACUUUGCAGAAACAAACAACAUCCUGAAAAUUGUGGCAGACUUCUCCGCGAGUGUGAAGAAGCCCCAUGCCUUGCUGCAGAGAGUCAAGUCCUGUUUGUCGGAUGAUGAAGAGGAAAAGCUCAUGCAGAUCACCAGCCUCCAUUCACUCAAUGCCUUCCUGCUCCCCAUCAAGACUGUUGGUGUCCAGGGCGACUGUCGUUCCUACAGCUAUGUCUGUGGUGUGACCAGCAAAGAGUCGCCCCACUGGGACUCCCUCAUGUUCCUGGCCAGACUCAUCCCACGCAUGUGCCACACCAUCAACAGAGUUGUUUACGUGUUUGGGUCGCACGUGAAGGAGCCUCCCGCCGACAUCACGCCCACCUUCCUGACCAAAGGCGUGCUGAGCACACUCCGACAGGCCGACUAUGUAGCGCACUCUAUUCUCAGAGCCUCUGGCUUCUCUGGGAAGAUCAGCCAGAUGCCCAUCAUCCUGACCCCGCUUCACUUUGACCGCGACCCUCUUCAGAAGCAGCCGUCUUGUCGACGCUCUGUGGUUAUUCGUACCUUCAUCACCAGCGACUUCAUGACUGGCAUCCCUGCCACGCCGGGCAACCACAUCCCCGAGGAGGUGGUGCUGAAGAUGGUCAACGAGAUCAAGAAGAUCCCGGGCAUCUCCAGAGUCAUGUUCGACCUGACCUCCAAGCCUCCCGGCACAACAGAGUGGGAGUGAGCCACCGUUCCCCACACAGACGGACUGGACUCUCACCAGGGAGGGCUUGUGAACUCUUCCUUUCACUCCUCCCGCUCUUAUUUCUGUCCCUCCUCCCUCUCUGCAACAUUCCCGAGGAUGGCAAAGCCCCACCAGCGAGGGGCGCCCCUGCCCUCACCCACUCCCCCCCUCCACUCCCUCUCUCUCGUCUCAUGCCAGUGGACGGGUUGAUGACCAGCGUUGGUUAUCAGUAUUGUGAUGUUACUUCCUUGUGUUCAACAAUGCGUUUUCUCUCUGCGAGGAGCAGCGACCCUCAGCUCUCGCUGCAGGAGGCGCCGUCACCAGGCAGGAAGUGCAAACCUCUGUCUGCUGAACCGUGAUGGCUCAGUGUUCUCCUGAGUGCCCGGGAGCCAGGCGGGCGUCUCCUGUGACCAAGUCAGAAUGAAGCUUUUCAGUUAGUGGAAGAAGCCAACUCUGCGCGCGCCUCACUUGCUGAGCGUAUGUCGGACGUCCCAGAGGCAGGACCAAACUCUGGUUUGUUUCUCCUUCAUGCUGCAUCAUGGAGGCUUCUAAACCACACCACAGCAGGAAGAACCUCCUGCCCGGCGCCUCGCUGGAAGUGCAGCGCACACAUUUGCACAUUUGUGACUUUUCUUUCUCCCGACCACGACGCCUUGAGGCAUUCAACACCCCACCAUCAAUGGAGACGUCCUCUCGUCGAGCUGAUGUUCCCGUCGUGUCCGUGUGCCGCACAAACCUCUCCCUCUGUCCAGUCAUGCUCUGAACUGCUCAGGUUGAACUGAGUCUCCACCCUGCAGCAGACGAGGAUGUUCUCCUGCCUCCCACCAACAUGGCUGUGUGCCUCCAUGCUAUCCUUCUUUCAGGCCUUUUAUAUGUACAAACAUGUCGCCAUAGAAGCCGCUUGACAUAUGCUUUUGUACCUGGAUUGAAUUCAGUAUUCACAAGAAGUUUAAGUUAUGCAAUUUUUCUGUUUGUAUUGUUCCCUCCGUCUUUGUUCCUUCUUAGUAACGUGCCUCAAACAAAAUCACCGCAUGCAGUUUCAACACUGAGGACAUUUGUACAUUAAAGAAUGAGCUUUAAUAAAGAUCUCCAUGUUGAAACCUC